UAUGCUUUUUAUCUAGCAUAGGGAUGCUAAGAAGAACAAACUCUUUCUGAGUUUUCACUAUAAACACAAGGGUGAAAAUAGAAUGUUCAUUUCGAUGAUAUCCCUAACCUGUCAUGUUCUGUGAGUUGAUUCGAGGCCUCAAAGAUCACUCUCCCCCACAAUGGUUACUGCGCAACUAAUCCCAGUAUUCUGCAGUGUCCUUUUGUGGGGUGGAGGCUUCCGUUGCUCCAUGUAGGUCCCAAACCAUGACACCUGCAACCUCUUCACCUCUCUCUCUCUCUCUCUCCAAGUGACUUUCUUGUCAUCUCCAUCUGUCUUUCAAGUACCAUCUUCUCUAAUGGCUCACAUCCCUCUUCCUCCUUUUUCUUCAAUCAUACACACCUGCUCCUUUCUUUACUUCACGCACUGCUGCUGAACAUUUCUUGCAGCCAUGCAUGUCUGGUACCAUGUUCUCAGAUUUAGCAUCUUCCUAUCCACGACGCAGUGAAAAGAACUGCCGUCUUCUUACUCUUCUUAUCCAUAAUGCCACCACCACUCCCUUCAAGAUUCAAUCUUUAGCGGAAGAAGUUCUCUUUCACCAUUAGCUUCCUCUUCAGAAUCCAAUCUUUCCCUCAGGAUUCUUCUGGAGCAGAGAGCUUCCCUGGCCCUUCAAGCAUGUCGGAUCACGAGCUCUCGGCGCGCACAAACAUCUUUGGGCUCCGCCUCUGGGUCGUAAUCAGCAUCUGCGCCGGUACGGGGUUCCUCCUCCUCUUCCUUCUCUCUCUCUGCCUCAGCCUCAUGCGCAAGAAUGCCUCCUCCCGGCGGACCACCGCCACCAUCCCCGUUACAUCCAAAGAAAUCCAAGAAGUUCGCGUCGAUCCUUCUCAGACCUCCGGCGUUGUUACAUCUCCUCGAUCCGUCAAGCAGAAGGAAGAUGAGAGCCCAGUCGUUGUCCAGAAAGCUCGUGUCGCCUCGCCUGAGCGUGGCAAAAGUGAGGGAGGCGGCUCGCCGCUCGGUAACCGUCCCACGGACCAGGCUGCCGCCGUCCCGGCGGAGGUGUCCCGCCUGGGGUGGGGGCUGUGGUUCACUCUCAGGGAGCUUGAGGUGGCCACCGACAACUUUUCCGACGAGAAUGUGAUCGGAGAAGGCGGAUACGGAACCGUCUACCACGGCAUCUUGGAAGACGGCACUCAGAUUGCAGUGAAGAACUUGCUGAACAACAAGGGGCAGGCAGAGAAGGAAUUCAAGGUCGAAGUCGAAGCCAUUGGCCGCGCCCGCCACAAGAAUCUAGUGAGGUUACUGGGAUACUGCGUGGAAGGUGCUCAAAGGAUGCUUGUCUAUGAAUACCUGGACAACGGGAACCUCGAACAGUGGCUCCAUGGAGAUGUUGGACCAAGCAGCCCUCUUACCUGGGACAUCCGGAUGAACAUCAUGCUUGGAACAGCAAAAGGGCUACUGUACUUGCAUGAAGGACUUGAACCCAAAGUAGUUCAUCGCGACAUUAAAUCGAGCAACAUCCUGCUCGACAAGCACUGGACUCCCAAGCUCUCUGAUUUUGGCCUUGCGAAGCUGUUAGGCACAGGAAGAAACUAUGUCACGACACGCGUGAUGGGAACUUUUGGUUAUGUGGCUCCUGAGUAUGCCAGUACUGGUAUGUUGAAUGAGACGAGUGAUGUUUAUAGCUUUGGGAUACUUAUCAUGGAGAUCAUAUCUGGUCGUAGGCCAGUCGAUUAUAGCAGGCCUCCUGGCGAGGUUAAUCUAAUAGAGUGGAUUAAGACCAUGGUCAGUAAUCGAAAUACCGACGAAGUCGUGGAUCCAAAGAUGGCUGAGAAACCUUUGUCGAGGACAUUAAAGAAGACACUUUUAGUCGCACUGCGAUGUGUGGAUCCUGAUUCGCAACAAAGGCCAAAGAUGGGGCAUGUAAUACACAUGCUUGAAGUUGAUGAUUUCCCCUACCAAGAUGAGCAUCGAGCAGGACGUAUUGGGCAACCAUAUUCCAACAGUCCUCAGUAUAAAGUAAGAGUAUCGGCAAGACAAGUCACUGAGCCUGGUGAAAACAGCACAAAAUCUGAAAUCUAGUCGACAAAGCAUGAAGACACACUUAAUUGUAAUGAUCCAGUCGAAAUGAUCUCUGAACAUAGGUUCUCAUCUAUGAUAAGGCUGAUCAUCCAUUCAAGAAGCAGCUCAGUGCAAAGGCGAUUUCGCCGAUGUCACUCCUCACUAUGUAAACAAGGUUUUGAGGUCAGUUUGCUUGUGUAAAGCUUGGUGCUUGAUGUGUUCUCCUGGAUUAGUAGUAAGCUCUGUUCUCUGAGGAAGGUCUGUUGUGUAUGUAUAUUGAUUGGUUUGAGGGGCUUAUUGAAUAGAACUGUCACAAGUUGAAUCUAAUGUGUGGAAUUCAGAUUGAUGUUCUGAUAACUAUGUGAAGUCUGUAUACAUAUAUGUAUCUCUUCUUCCAUCUGAAUCAGAUCUCAUGAUUCCAUGAGUUCAUCU